CACUGCUAGAUUGGAUGGGAUGUGGACGUUGACAGAAUCAUCAUAUUCCUGCUGGUGAGGCAGUGCAGAAUCUUGGAUUGAGAAAAAGUGAUACCAUUCUACAGAAGUGGGAUCUAAGCGCUCGUGUCAUGACGGAGGUCACGCUCAGCCCGGACCUGGGCCACGAACUGCGGUGCUUGACUGAUUUUCUCAGCCCCAUGGAUCAGCACGCGAGUGAACUGAUCCGGUCCUUGCGGUCGCCCGACCCGGAGACCGAGGCUGAGGCUGAGGCCUGGGCCCAAGUCCCUUUGCGUGAACAAGAGCAGGUUUUUCAUGCCUUACACGCCGAACUGCAGAGCUUGGGCCAGACGCAUGACCUUCACGCCCGCACCGUCCAAGCCUUGGCCCAAAACCAGCGAGACUUGACCGGCCAAUUGACCCACCUGGAUGAUACGUUGGCCCAAUUGCGGGACCAACUCGCCUUCAAGGCGGCCAAGAUUCAAGAAAUGGAGGCCAAACUGGUCCGAGAAGGUACGGAUUGGCAAACCAAAGGCCAAGAUUUGGCCGCCACUUGUGAGCGUUACCGAAAGUGCUUGGGCUUGAGUGUCAGUCUGACCGAUCAGAACACGAUCGUGUUCGAGUUGUCUCGGUUGGCCCCUCAAGAUCCGGAGCGCGGAUUCCGUUGCGAAUUAGCCACCAGUCACGAAGAAGGACAAAAGGCAUUUACCGUCCUGCGUUGCCAGCCCGAAUUGGAGACCAUGUCGGCCUUGGAAGAUAUGUUGAAUGACACGCGAGAUUUGUCCGGAUUCGUGGUGGCCCUUCGGAAGAAGUUCAAGCAGACUUGCCAUUAAGCAUAAAUUAAAUUGGCCCAUCUUGGAUUACAAAUGUAUGAAUAUAUUUCGGAGGAAUGAAAAUGCCUUUUUGUCCCAAACUCCAAUAAUCACGUCAAAAUCGGAGUUGCCAACUAGGCAGAGCCGUGGUGGGUUGACGAUUGGCCAAGGAGAAGCCCGUAUCCACCGCUAAGGAUGCUGAACGCGACUCGAUCUCAUCCUCGUUAAUCUUUUUGUACGCUCCUCCGCCUGAAAUAUCGAGAAAGCGGGUAACAAUGAAGUGGAUAUACUGUUCGGAUCAUUUCCAUGUACAUCCAGUGGUCUGAAAGUUGCCCUAGUUUAAAUCAGAUAUUCUUUUAUCACCAUCUAUUGAAAUAUGAUAGUAAAACGGAGGAUGGGCCAAGACUUACUCAUUUCCCUAUCCAGUGUGGUAAAACCCUUCAUGACACCUUUGUGGCCUCUUUUCCCACUUCUAACCUAUCCUAUAAGAACUGCUUUUGUCGUAUCUUAAUAAAGGAAGUCAACUACUG